AUGGGGGAGGGGUCACGUGGCGCUGUGUUAUUGUGCUGGUUUUUGUCGCUUCGGCCGACACGAACGCAAGACACUGCUGGCCUCAAUGGGAUUGCAGGUAGCUGGGACACGGACACCAAACCAUCGAACUGGGGGAAUGGCAACGAUCCAUGUGGAGACAAAUGGAUCGGGAUAAUUUGCACCGGGAACCGGGUCACGUCCAUAAGACUGUCAAGUUUUGGAUUGUCCGGGACGCUUUCCGGGGACAUUCAGUCCUUAUCAGAAUUGCAGUACCUGGACUUAUCCUACAACAAGAACUUGCGUGGACCCCUUCCUUCAACCAUUGGAACCUUGAGCAAGCUCCAAAACUUAAUUCUUGUUGGCUGCAGCUUUACUGGUGAAAUACCAAAAGAGAUAGGCCAGCUCUCAAACCUGAUAUUUCUAUCUUUGAAUUCCAACAAGUUCAAUGGUAGCAUACCGCCAUCGCUUUGCUGCCUCUCGAAGCUAUACUGGUUCGAUCUGUCUGACAAUCAGCUCACUGGAGGACUUCCCAUAUCCAACUGGACAAGUCUUGGGUUGGACAAUCUAACAAACACUAAGCACUUCCAUUUCGGGACGAAUCAGCUCUCUGGAACCAUACCUAGCCAGAUUGUCAACUCAAAUAUGAAGCUGAUACAUCUGCUUCUUGACAACAACAAAUUAUCCGGAAGCAUCCCUUCUACUUUAGGCCUUCUUAAUACAUUGGAAGUUCUGCGUUUCGAUAACAAUGCGCAAUUGACAGGACCAGUUCCUACCAACCUCAACAACUUAACCAGGCUUACAGAACUCCAUCUUGCAAACUGCAAUCUUACUGGUCCACUGCCAGACCUAACUGGAAUGAACGAACUCAUGUAUUUGUACAUGAACAACAAUAGCUUCAGUUCAUCAUUAUUUGAAUAAUCACUAGCCGACGCAUUAUAGGCUGAGGCGCUAUCAGAUUCAUAAUUUACAUACCUAAAAUAAUUAUUUGAAUAAUCACCAGCCGACGCGGUAUAUAUAUCCAUUAAAAAUAGGUCUAACAACAUAUGUAUGAGAAUUAAUGGUACUUGUAAAAUUAUUUUGAGAAACAUAUAUAUUUGUAAAUUUUACCUCAGGCUUGGUGUAGUAGGGAAACGGUGUAGUUCUAUGGUAUGCUCGUCCAUAUGUGCCUUUAGCACAGAAGCUUAA